UCGAUGUCAACACUCAAAUAUAACCACAGCAAAUAACCUAAAAUCUUGGACUUGGAUAAAAUUAACUGAAAUUUUAUAAAGAAGUAAAAAUUAGAUAAAUCGCAAAGUUUACAUAGUAUCCGAAUAGUUCCUGAAUUAAAGCAUAAUUUGUCUGUGCGUAAAAAUCCACUUAGUUCAUUAAAAUGUUUAAAUUAUUAUCGAAAACACCAAACAUAGUUGUGAAUCUUCAAUCAAAAGUUAAAUUACCCGAUAAGGUUAAAGGAACAAUACUAGAAAAAUGGGCAAAUUAUUGGAAAAAUCUAGUCAUAGAUUACCGACAAAUGUUUCAAGAUUUACGGACCGAUAUGCAAGAAGAUCCAAGAAAAGCUUUGAAAUGGACUAUGGGUAUCGUGACUGUAUUCACCUUGGCUCAAAACAAUCCAAACGAGUUAGACUUUAAAGAUCAUAUGAAACGUAUUACAAACGAGGUAAUAUUAGUGAGUGAAGAAUGUAGAAAUCCUGUAUCUCUUCAACAUCUACAGUACUUGCAGCAAUGUUAUAAUGAAGGUGUAGUUCAUUACAUGUCUUUGGGAAUUGUAUCCUUCAUGUACACGUCCAGUUUGAACGAUUCUUGCGACUUGUACAAAGCUCACUGUUCAUAUUUAAAGCCAUCAUAUUUGAGCAUAUUUUCACGGAUUGUGGAUGUGGGCUUUUUGGGCCAGUGGUGGAACAUUUACAUAAAGACAACUAACUAUGAUGUUAAUGUCUGAACUUUAUGAAUGAAUUUAUUAUUGAAACUUACAGCUAGUGUAUUGUGUGAUAUGGACAAAGCCACUAGCGAAAGCUUAGUUGUUUAUAUGUAUAGUAACUAUUGAAGUGGGCAGCCAGUCAGCUGACACAGUGGAAGUUAGGAAUAGAUGAGUUGCACCAAGCUUUAAGUUUAUAGGCUCCCUGCAGAAUGUAUGGAAUAUUUUAGUAAUAUUUUCUGUCGACUAUUAGGUGUUACAAAUAAAAAAAAGAUUGUUGUUGAAGAAAAUGGUUGUAUUUGUUUUUUUUUUACUAAUUUAUUACAACAAAAAAUGUAUAAAACCUAAGAAACGAAAUUCAUACACAAGAUCUUUCCUAAAAUGCAAGUCUAAAAACUAAUCACUAUGUGUACCAGAAAUAUAUAAGUAUACUCUUCUAUAAAUAUCACUCAACAUAGAAAGAACACUUCAAUUUCCAGUUGACUGAACUUUAAACAAAUUGAA